UCGGUUUAGUUUUAUCAGUGUUAUUCGUGUUUGAAUUAAAAAAUCGGUGAUUUUGUAUGUCAAAGUUGCAUAUUUUUUGAUUGUGUAUAACUUUUUUAUUUUUUUGAAAAUUGAAGAUUGGAUGAAAAAAAUUACUAUUCUAAAGUUGGAAACGUUUAAAGUAAUGUGUAUUUGUUAGAUUAUCAGAUGAAGAAAUUGGAAUGCAACCAUAUAGAACGUAUGGAACAAUCUAGAAUGGAUAUAUCUUUUUGACUGAAUGAUUGAAAAUUUAAUUGGAAUUUUCUUUACUUGACAAGUAUUGAAACAAUUGGAAUUGACAGCAAUUAUUCUAAAUAAAAUGGACCCUAAAUCCGAAAAGGCGAGAGUGACUCGACCCCGAGUUUCUCUAAAAGAAAAAUGGGAAGCAGUGAAAAGAAUGGAAGAAGGUGACAAUUCUCUCGCGAUAGCAAAAGAUCUCGGCGUGAGUCAACGCGUAAUUUACCAAUGGAUCAGUGUCAAAGACAAGAUCAAAAAAUGGUACGAGACAAGUCCUGAGCACGCAGUCGGCGUAAACCGAAAAAAUCUCAGCCAAGUUUACAACCAGCAGCUAGACGAAGUAGUUUAUCUCUGGUAUGUUGAGUGUGUGAAACAAGGUAUUCCCGUGACAGGUCCGAUGAUUCGGGUGAAAGCAAUGGAGCUCAAUGAGCAAUUAGGAGCAGGUUGGCCCUUCCAGGCGAGUGAUGGUUGGCUCUGCAAGUGGAAAAAACGCCGAGGAAUCAUCUUCAGUCCCGAGCAGCGUUUCGGCGAAGAACAUCCCCUCAGAUUAUUCACAGAAAAGUUCAUGACAUAUGUCGAGCAAGAACGUUUAACAGCCGACCAGGUCUUCAUCUGCAGCGAAGCUUUCCUCUGUUUUAAAUCACUCCCCACAAAAAUCUUUGGAUCCGGGAAUGAAAUAAAAACCGAAUUUCCAAACAUGGGCGAUCGAAUUUCAAUUAUCACUUGUUGCAACGCAACAGGAACUUUAAAAUUGCCUUUGAUAGUCAUCAGUAGAGACGAGGAGGAAGUCGACGAUAAGGCUGACCUCAAAAUGAGGUAUGUCUCCUACAAAACGCAGAAACUCGCUUGGAUGGACAAUGACAUUUUCCGAGACUGGUUUCUUGAUGAAUUUGUUCCUCUGGUCAGUCGAUUUUUAGAAGAGAGGUCUCUUCCUCAAAAGGCGGUUCUAAUUCUUGAUGAUCACACUGUGCUUCUCGAUGAGCAUAUAUUCCAGGCAGGAGAAAUUAAAACGAUGUAUCUUCCUCCCAAAGUGACGCAAUUGGUUUGCAUGGAAGAGGGUGUGCUUGAGAAUAUCAAGAAGAGGUUUCGUUAUCAGUUUCUUACUAGUCUCUAUUAUGCGAUUGAGCAAGGCACAACUAUUGCUGAUCAUUUGAACAGUAUUGGAAUGAGUGAAGUUCUUCACUGGCUUGCGACCUCGUGGAAUGAAAUCACGCCCUUUACGAUCAAAAGUUUGUGGAAGAAUAACUGGCCUCAAAUGCAGGAAGAUUGCGGGGUCAUGUCUUUUUUGGAAUCCGCGCCUCCAGCUAAUUCAGAAUUUAUCGCGAUUUUGCAGAGGAUUCAGGAGUUUGCGAAUAUCAAUGAUGACGAUUUACAGGAUUGGCUCAACUCUGACAGGAUCAUGCCUUCGUAUUCUGAUGCGGAGAUCAUCAUGGUGGUGCAGAAACAAUUUUCUGAUGAGAGGGAGGAAAGGCGGAAACUUGAUUUGAACUAUCAUGAAGAGGUUCCAAGACGAAGAGGCAGACGUAGACAAGAAGAAAAAAAUCAUUCUGGGUCAAAUGAGCCCCUGGAUAUGAUGAAUUUUCUGGAUGGUUAUGGAAAUCAAAUAGAAAACGCAAAAAGCGAGUGUCAGCCGCAACAUGCGGAUGUAAAUGGUGAUAUAAAUGCUAUGAGUCCUGCUUCAAGUAUGAACGACUCGACAAAUGACCCGCCUCCAGAAAAAAGACAACGAGUACGAAGUUCUUCAAAAGAUGAAGAAAAGACGUAUAUAGAGGAAUCGAUAGAAACUGAAGAGCUUCCAACGGAUUCAACGGAUUCGAGAGUAACGGACGAAGUGGAUGCAUUUUGCAUGAGGGUAGCCGCCAGCUUGAGACGAUUAGUUCCAAAAAAUCGAUCCAAAGUGGAGAUAGAAAUUUUAAAAUUAGUUUACGAAGCAGAAUUUGGACAAGGAGUGUAGAAAGACUGACUAUUUGUUUAUAAUCUACGUGUAUAUUUAUGAACUGACCUAAUGUUACUAGUUUUACAAUAAAAAAUACGCUUUUGUUAAAAA